AUGUGGAAAUUGCUCGUGUGCUCCGUUCUUAUUCAAUAUGUUUUUCACAUCGAUCUCGUCGUGGGGGAGCGCAGUGUUCAGUUUGUCACCGGCAACUGCAGCUAUAAUCCCAAGUAUUUCAAAAACUACACGAUGACCAUAGUGAACAACAUGAUGAAUAUGGACAUGGUUCUUAACAGACCCAUUCAGAGGGGCUUCAAGGCGCACAUCGAUAUUUUGCUGCGUCUGGCCAAUGCCAAGAACUUUCAGUCCAUGUUCAGCCAAAAGUCCGACGUUUGCGCCGUAACAUCGAGUGUGAAGAACAGUCUGUUUAAGAGCUGGUUCAAGGAUAUGAGCAAGAACAGCAACUUCAUGUACAACUGCCCAGUGGAGGUGGGUCACUACUACAUGCACCAGUGGCGCAUGGGCAGUUCCAUGACCCACAAAUUCCUCAUUCCCGGCGAGUAUCGCGGCAAGCUCACCUUCUUCUACGGCAGGUACAACACUAAGUCGUUUGAAGAGGCCUUGAGUCUGACAAUCGACGCUAUUCUUUCCAACUAG